AUGAAAUUCUCUCUCAUCGCCAUCCUCGCUGCCGUCAGCGUCGUUUCUGCGGUUGCGCUCCCAGGCUCAACUACUGAGGACCCUUGCACACAAGAAAUCAUUAACCGGUGCAACACUGAAGUCAGUCCAUCCCAGAUGGCGAAUAAGUCUUCUGAAAUCACGCUAACAAAUGUCGACAGUGCGGUGCCAGAAAUAUGGGGGCGGCCUAAAAGAGAAGCUUGGGUGUCCGCCCGAGAGGAUCCUGAGCAGGAACUGAAUGAGCAGGUCGAGGUGAUCCGUGGGCCACCGGCGGGAGCUCGACUCAACAGCAGCGGAGAAAAGGUAUGCGGUCUUUCAAGCCGGCGGCGUUAUUCUCUCUCCUUGUGGGCUGGCUUCCAAGCCUUAACUGGUGCUACUCAGCGGGAUACCUCUGUUCUCCCAGGCGUCGAUAUUCUGUACGACAGCAGUCAUCUCACCUGGGUAUAUACCGUAAUAGCGACACCUUGCCCUCCUCGUACAAAUGCAAUCAUCAUCCAAAGUCGGCAAGCGCAAUACUCCAAGUACAUUCCCGAUGUCCCUUCCCUGCAUCUAUCUCUCUUCCUAGCUACUAGCUCAACAAUCGUGAAUAUCCCCCGCGAGAAAAAAGAAUGCAAACUUCAAGACCAUCCUCUUCAUUGCCCUCCCUCCUUGUGCGCCGCAUCUCCCUCGCACGAGAUCCCAAUAACCCUCGAGUUGGCGGGCAGCCCUCACGCGACCGAGCUCAUUGUAAUCCCAACAGCUCGCUCGGCUGAGGAAAUGUUCUUUGCUCAAACGCUCGUGAUCGACUGA